CCUUCCUCCGAUUUCUUGUGUGGUCAUCUUGUUGGGAGAUCCAUUGUUCGUCGUCCGAUUCGUAUUCUCUCUCUAGAACCACAAAUGGCGGAUGAGAAGGAGUCCACAUCCGUUCCACUUCAAGGCGUAGUUGACGGCGAAGAUCCCGAGGAUCCGGUCAAAUCUCCGCCAAACCUUCCCAACUCAUCCACUCGUAAGGCUUGUUGCUAUGUCCUCCAAAGCUGGGUGUCCAAGAAAUUCAUGACUGGAUGUUUUGUUCUGUUCCCUGUAGCAGUUACCUUCUUUGUCACUUGGUGGUUUAUUCAGUUUGUUGAUGGUUUCUUCAGUCCAUUGUAUGAUCAGCUGGGGAUCGACAUAUUUGGUCUUGGUUUCAUUACUUCUUUGCUAUUUGUCUUCUCUGUUGGUGUUUUUGUUUCAUCAUGGGUUGGGUCCACUGUUUUCUGGAUUGGAGAGUGGAUUAUUAAGAGAAUGCCCUUUGUUAGUUACCUAUAUUCUGCUUCAAAACAAAUUAGUGCAGCAAUUUCUCCAGACCAGAAUACAACUGCUUUCAAGGAAGUCGCCAUAAUUCGUCAUCCACGCGUGGGAGAAUAUGCAUUCGGCUUUAUCACAUCAUCAGUUACCCUUCAGAGAGAUGAUGGAGAUGAAGAACUAUGUAGUGUAUUUGUCCCAACAAACCACUUAUAUAUCGGUGACAUACUUUUGGUCAACUCAAAUGACAUAAUCAGGCCAAAUCUAUCAAUUCGUGAAGGCAUAGAGAUCAUUGUAUCGGGUGGAAUGACAAUGCCACAGAGGAUUUUGCCUGUGGAGAGAAUUGGUCGACCGGGGGACAGGGUUCCAUUGAAUAGAGUUGUCUAGAUUUGGUAUAAAAGGAAAAAAAGAAAGGAAGUCGAUAUGAUUGUAACUACUUGAUAGUAUAAUAUUCUUAUCAACUACUAUUAUUGAUGACAGGUAUUUUCAUUAGCAGAAUUCAUAGGAAGGCCCUCCUUCUACUCAUGUAUGUUUCAUAUUACUGGAGCCAUUAUAUUCAUAUUCAUUUAGUAUUUUAA